GGGGAGCGUUGAGGAUUGGGAGGAGGGAGGAAAGCAGAGUGUGGAGACGCAAGGAGGAGAAAAAGCGAGUAAACCUGACAAAGCGUCUGCAUAAAACACUGUGAGGAGUGUCGGCAAAGAGGAAGGGGACACACGCUGAUGGAUUUUAACACAUUUUGCAUCGGACGUCUGUGUUAUUGUAGCUCCUAAUCACACGUCCACCCUCGUACUGACUUUCUUUUGAGUUGACAAGUGCACAGCUGGAUUGUUGUUGCGCCCUGGCAGAAGAAACUUGGUGACGAGGAGGAAAGUUUCGGGGCUACUUGACUGUGCCUUUUUUAACAACCCCCCCCCCCCCACACUUCCACGGAUAAAACGUAGGAUUUCUUUGCAUGGCAGCGCAGUACUCUGCAAAUCAGGCUUGGAAUAUAUUCAGCGGUUUGAUCUGAGAGUGGAUUAGUGAACGGCAGACAGAUUUUCUUUUCGGAGCGUUGAGGAGUUGGGAGACAUUCCUCCGUUUGGAUUGAGCCCAUGUUCUGUCCUCCCUUUAUCCGUGCGUGCCAAAACAGAGCUCCACGAUUUUACUCCACUCUGCCCAGGUGAUCGGGUGAAUUCCAGUGCCUGACAGUCCAACCCGGCAGCAGUUGAUGAUUGGGCGGACCCCCUCAGAUGGGAUCAGUGUCCAGGGGGCAGUGGAGACGGGGGGUAUGGGGAGCACUGGCCACCUCUAACGGGAUGGCCUCGUGGGCCUGGCUGCUCGCUGCCGUCCUGCUGUCCUUGUUGACUGUCAGCGUGGCCCGGCCACCCCUUACCGCCACCAAGGAAGAGGAGCCCACUCUGGAACCUGAAGACGCAUCCAACAAAUACCAAAUUUCUAAGCCCACGGUGUGCUCUGUGCACCCGGGGGAGGUGUUGAAGCUGAGCUGCCCUCUGCCGGCAACUGGGACCAUCACCUGGACCAAAGACGGCAGCUCUCUGGGCACCAACAACCGCACACUGAUAGAGCAGGAGGUGCUGCAGAUCCGUGAUGCCACACCCAAGGAUUCGGGGUUGUAUGCCUGCACCAGUGUGGGCAAAGACACGAUCUGCUUCAUAGUCAAUGUCACAGAUGCCAUCUCGUCGGGGGAUGACGAGGAUGAUACAGAGCGAACAGAAGACACAGGGGCGGACGGAAAACAGCUAAGCGCCCCAUACUGGACCUCGGCUGCAAAGAUGGAGAAGAAGCUGCAUGCAGUGCCAGCUGCCAACACAGUCAAGUUCCGCUGUGCUGCAGGAGGCCACCCCCGGCCCAAGCUGCACUGGCUUAAAAACAGCAAGCCCUUCCACCAAGAGGACCGCAUGGGAGGUUAUAAGGUCCGAAGUCAGCACUGGACCCUUAUUAUGGAAAGUGUGGUUCCAUCGGAUAAAGGCAACUACACCUGCUUGGUGGAGAAUGAGUUUGGAUCCAUCAGCCACACCUACACCCUGGAUGUUGUUGAGCGGUCUCCUCACCGGCCCAUUCUCCAAGCCGGCCUGCCCGCCAACACGUCCGUCUAUGUUGGAGAAGACGCCCGCUUUGUCUGCAAAGUGUACAGCGACGCCCAACCUCACAUUCAGUGGCUGAAGCACAUCACUCAGAACGGCAGUCGCUAUGGUCCCGAUGGGAACCCUUAUGUCAAAGUGCUAAAGACCGCGGGUGUAAACACCACAGAUAAGGAGAUAGAAGUUCUCUACUUGCCCAAUGUAACAUUUGAACAUGCUGGGGAGUAUACGUGCUUGGCGGGUAAUUCUAUUGGGCUCUCCUAUCACACUGCUUGGUUGACGGUUCUUCCAGCUGCAGAGAAAAACAUGGAGCCCCUUUCUCCCGAUUAUGUAGAGAUCGCAAUUUACUGCGCAGGUGUCUUCCUCAUCGCCUGCAUGGUGGGCAUCGUGGUGGUGUGCCGCAUGAGGAACACAGCCAAAAAGCCGGACUUUAGUGGCCAACCCGCAGUUCACAAACUAAGCAAACAGAUCCCACUGCGCCGCCAGGUAACAGUGUCGGCUGACUCCAGUGCUUCCAUGAACUCAAACACGCCACUCGUACGCAUCACCACACGCCGCAGUUCUGCGCACGAUGACCCAAUUCCUGAGUACGACCUUCCAGAGGAUCCGCGAUGGGAGUUUGUCAGAGACAGGUUGACUCUGGGCAAACCACUCGGAGAGGGCUGCUUCGGCCAAGUUGUCAUGGCAGAAGCUCUCGGCAUUGAUAAAGACAAACCCAAAGAGGCCUUAACUGUCGCUGUCAAGAUGCUGAAAGACGACGCCACCGAAAAAGACCUGUCUGACCUGGUGUCAGAGAUGGAAAUGAUGAAGAUGAUCGGUAAACAUAAGAACAUCAUCAAUCUGUUGGGGGCCUGCACACAAGAUGGCCCCCUGUAUGUGAUCGUGGAGUACGCCUCCAAAGGUAACCUUAGGGAGUACCUCCGAGCCCGCCGACCUCCUGGAAUGGAGUAUUCCUACGACAUUGCCCGUGUCUCUGACGAACAGCUCACUUUCAAAGAUCUGGUCUCUUGCACUUAUCAAGUGGCACGGGGCAUGGAGUACCUUGCAUCCCAAAAGUGUAUACACAGAGACCUGGCAGCCAGGAAUGUCCUGGUCACAGAAAGCAACGUCAUGAAGAUCGCUGACUUUGGUUUGGCCCGUGAUGUCCAUAACAUCGACUACUAUAAAAAGACAACCAAUGGCCGCCUUCCUGUUAAGUGGAUGGCUCCCGAAGCGCUUUUUGACCGGGUCUACACUCACCAGAGUGAUGUGUGGUCAUUUGGGGUGCUUAUGUGGGAGAUCUUCACCCUCGGGGGCUCCCCAUACCCCGGGAUCCCCGUGGAAGAGCUCUUCAAGCUGCUCAAAGAGGGCCAUCGCAUGGACAAGCCUGGCAACUGCACAAAUGAGCUCUAUAUGAUGAUGAAAGACUGCUGGCACGCCAUCUCAUCCCAUAGACCAACCUUCAAGCAGCUUGUCGAAGAUCUGGAUCGCAUUCUCACACUCAGCACCAAUGAGGAAUAUCUGGACCUGUGCACCCCCGCAGAACAGUAUUCUCCAAUCUUCCCAGACACUCGCAGCUCCUGCUCCUCCGGCGACGACUCAGUGUUCUCACACGAGUCCUUACCGGAUGAGCCGUGUCUCCCCAAGUAUCAGCACAUCAAUGGCAAUGUCAAAACAUGAGCUCCUCCCUGCACUCGUUACUGGAAAGCCCAAAUCACACUCAGCAGAGACACCUGCCCUGAAAUUCUCCCAGUUUCCCGGUCCGUUCCUUCUUUUGUCCACCCUUCGGCUGACUUAUGGACCCCUUUGGGAUCUGGCGGGCAGCAGCGCUGUUGCACUGCCAUUUGCAUGCACUGCAUUCAACAUGCCCUUGUGUCUUAAGAAGAGGAUAGGGGCCCGACACAAGAUGAACUUUAUUGGAAUGGACAAACUGACAUUCUCAAGGAUUCUUAUCUCUCUUUUUUUUUUAUAUUAACAGAGAUUUUUAUCUAUGCGUUUGUGUGCGUGUGUGUGUGUGUAUAUAUAUACGUGUAUAUAUGUACACACACACACACACACACACAUUAUAAUCUGUAGUAGAGGUGACCCCAUUCCAGUGGCAGUCAUUCCAAUACUUUUUACUUGCUUCUAAAGGAAUGUAUAGACCAAUAUGAACUUAAAAGAAGAGGAGUAAAAAUAGGAAAAGGACUAAGAAACAAAGCUUUGACUAACAAAAACCGAGGAAGAGGGAGAGCGCACGUAGAAACAGCUUUCCUGUUGAUUUUGUAAUGUUGAUGCCUUUCUUUUUUCACUUGUUUCUCCCAAUUACUCUAGAGAAAAACAACAACUGCACUAUAAAGUGUAGUUCUGGGUAUAUUUGUAAAUAUCUUCAAAUAUGUAUAAAUAUAUAUUAUAUAUUUACAAUGAAUUAUUUUUUGUAUGGACUCAAAAAUAAAAAGGUACUUACCCCACCUUACACCACUCCCCUUCACCCAGUUAGGAGUAAUAGGCAGGGUUGCACACAGCUUAUAUUCACAAAACACACACAGAGAUACCCACACGCAUCCACACACACACACAUUCACAUUUCAAGACAAACACACACACAGAAGCCUAAAAACCUGCCUCACACUCACUCAGUAACACAAGGUUAAGUAUUGGCUUUCAGGGACUGAGGUAGCAUUUUAAUUUAUUGACUUGUGAUGUUUGUAUUAAUGAGUAAGUCUGGAGAACGAACAAAAUCAAUAUGAUGUUAUUAAAGCUGAACAUAAUAUCGACGUAAUCCUUGAAAUGUAUGGUAAUUUAAAAAUGAUCUCUCUGCAGUAACGAAAAAGUGGCUUAUUUUUACUGGGUUUGACGGAACCAUGUUUUCUAAGUUUUAUAUACAGUAUAUGAAUGUGAAUAUUAAGUUAAAGUUUUGGGAAAUUUGUACAUUUUAUAGCAAGCUAAUUCUUUCUUAUGUAGAUCCUGAUGGCAUUCUCUCUUCAGAUGUUGAAGCCUUUUUUAGCUUUACCUUAGGAAGUGGACGUUUUUCUGGAUUGACUGCUCCAAGUGUAAAGACAAUUAUCCGCUGGCUCCUUUCGAUUCAACCUAGAACCCAAUUUAACUUGACACAAUCGAACACUUAGAGUACGAAAUCAGUGUGGGUUUUUUUCUACUGGACCAACAUUAAGCUGUUCCAUUGCAGAUGUACCUGUCGCAUUUGCAAAUAAAUAAUUAAAACCACA